CAUGUUGUAGAUUUGUAGAUUGAACAAGAAUUGGAUCUGGUCCUCUGCAAACAGUAUUCUGUACAUCGCUCAUACGGAAGUGGGCACCUGCCACCUUUGAAAAAUUAACAUCAAGGAUAUCAUAGAACAAGGUGUACGAAUUCAUUGUUGAUGAUGUAAGCAAGGUGAUGAUGUAAGCAAAUGUGCCCUUAAACUUCUGUACUACCUCCAGUGUGUACAACCCAAGAAAAAGGCCACAGCUCAACUAGCAUGUGUGUACGAAUGCGUGUUGUGUACGAAUGCGUGUGUGUGUUGGUAUACACACACACAUACACACAUACAUACACACACACACACACGCAUACACACACACACGCAUUCGUACAUACACGCAUUCAUACACUCGCACAGCACACACGUACAUCAUUCAAAAGUUUUUAACCUUGUGAUGACUGAUGAUCCAGAAGUUGUUGCGUUAAUGCCUGUACCUCAGCGAGACUACUACGUCUACUAUGGGAGUUAGGCUCUGUCAUAAGCUAACAAGAGACCAUAUAUGGUUAGGACCCCGCACGCGCAUGCGAGUGUACUUGGCGGCACAGGUAAGUCGGUAUGCGUUGUUGUACCAUUAAUUAUUAAUGAUAAUUGUAUGUACGUAAUGAGUGAGAGCGUGGCUAGUUGCCUUGAGUAUAUGGAUCGUGUUGGUACAGAACAAACUCGGCUUUUUAUCAGAAUAGUGGAAUAUCAGAAUAGUGGAAUAGUGGACCGGUUCUUCGACUAUUUGAAUGUAAAAAGAUGGCUGGGGCUGGCUGGAAGCGUAAAGAGAGCAGGGCACCAUACAAGGACUCAAAGGAUGAACGGUUGAAGUGGCUUUCUGGAGAUUUUGUGCAGUACUUGGAUGAAUGGGAUCAGGAGAUUGCUAGCAAAUCCCAACUGAGAGCCAGUGAAAAGCAGAGACUUGGUUUGAGCGUGUCAACAAAAGAAGGACUGAGAUUGAUAGUGAAAUCUUUUACUGAGCUGGCACCAAAGCUGCUUGCACUACCUGGAGCUGACUAUCUCUUGAGUGAAGUGUUUUCGCAGGACCCUUUGGAACGCUACUUUUCUAAACAGCGACAUCGAGGCGGUAGCAACGAAAAUCCUCUAGCAUCCCAAGUGCCGUUUAAUGCCUCGGUGCGCAUGAGAUACCAGUGGAAUUUUCACAAGAUGUGACAAGGUGUGGAAAGUUUGUUCGCACAGGCCAUAGUUUCCAUCUACUUGCGUCACAACACAGCAAACAAAUACGAUUUAGUGUUGAGCUUCAGUUGCUGAGCAUAGUUCGACAAAAAGGUGGUCGUUUGAUCCGGCAAAUCUUGUAUGGAUGCAACGAUUGCACUAUUCCACCAAUCGGUAAUCAUAGUGUAUCUGUACGGUCUGGCCGUGCCUUACUUGACCUCAACAUUGAACUAACUUAUUGAAUUUCUCCGAAGUUCGGUUAUUGGGAGUUCGGUUAUUGGGAGUACGGUAUGGAGGCGGCUGAAAGAUAGUGGUAUUGAAAUGGACAAGUACACUGACAUAAGCUAGAUGAUGUUGUGCGACGGCAGGUGUUUGACACAGAAUAAGAGAUCCCAUUGAGAAGAGCUAUAAAUAGACGCACAUACUCUGUAAAAGGAUACCAUAGCUUGAUCAGGUGGCACUUCGUUGGGGAAAUCGAUGGUUAUUCCAGGUGCAUGCAACACAAACAACACAGCAUUAACGGUCUUUCUCAAAGCUACUCAAGAGUAUGGUAUUCCCAGGCGAGUGCGAUCAGAUAAAGGUGGGGAAGUUUGUUAUUUUAUGGUUGCCCAUCACGGACCUAGCAGGAUCUUCAACACACAAUUGAACGUCUUUGGAGGGAUGUAUUCCGCUGCGGGGUGUCCUGUCAGCGAAUUAGAUCUGUUCGUCCUGUAUUUACCAAGGAUACGAAAAAGUCUGAGUGAAGCCUAGAAUUUAAAAAUGGGUCAAUAGUGAUUCGGUGAACAUGUACGGUUUUGAUCCUACCACUGUAACUGUUGUCACUCCUUUAGAUGGUGAAGAAUUUCUGACAUCAGUCGACGUCAACACCCAAUUUGAUGGACAUGACAUGGCUAUUUCUUAUUACAUUGCUGCUACUAAAAACAGUUAAUAUAAAAUUUACUGUUCAAUUAUCUGGAUGCACUAGAAAUUAGAUACAGCUUGUGUAUAAUUAUAUAAUUCAUUUAGAUAAUAAUUUAGAUAAUAAUAGAUAAUAAUUAUCAAUUCAGGAUUCAUACAAUAAUACAUAAUUAUAUGCACCAUACUAUGAUUAUGCAUUAUUUGAUUCAUGUAAUUAUAGAUGAUAAUUAUCAAUUCAGGAUUCAUACAAAAAUCAACAUACUAUAUAUAAUAAUUAUAUGCACCACACUAUGAUUACACAUUCACCUUCACCUAUACACCUUCACCUAUAUACAGAUUAUCUACAUCGUCAAUAUUAUUGUUCAAGUUUCUAAACCAUUGUGAAGUUUUGUCCGCAAUAACAGCUAGCACAGCCGCGGGUAGAGAUUACAAUUUCUCUCGAACAAGUGUGAGAGACGAUGUAUUCAUCCUCUUGUUGGAUACAGGACAUCCAGUGGCAAACUGUACAAAGUCACGGAGAACUGUUACGGAACAAGAGGAGAUGGGACGAUUUAGCAUAUGUAUAAUAAUUAUAGGAAAAUAAACAUUCCGAACGAGUGGUGCAAGCUGCGCUGCAUGUGCUUGUGCUAAUGCCUCUCGCCAUGUUUUGCUUUUGUUUAGAGUGUUACAGUAAUGAUUUCAAUGCUAUCUUUGUGUAAUAAAAUUAUUAUUAUCAUUGAAUCACACAGUCAUUAUAAAAGAUGAAAGAGGAGCGAGGAGCGAUGAAAGAGGAGCAUGGCUUGAUGAAUUGAUCUUCAAGGUAAAAGCAUGUGUAGAUUACCAAUGUAUUUUUUGCAUUUUCUGUCAAUGAAAUAAAGGGUGGAUUUGCAAUGAGGUCUGAGGUCAGAGGGCAGCAUACAAGCUAUAGCUCUGUGUCCUCAUCAGAGUCUGUUGCAGAUUCCUCAUCAUCAGAUGCUAGUGCCUUUAGAGAUUGAAGAAUAGCAGCAGUUGCGUCCUCAAAUUUACCAUCAACAGGUUCCUUGUAGUACUCCUCUACCAGGGCCUCGUAUUUUUUCAUUGCUUGGACGUUUUCUUUACUAAUAUGUUUUCUUUACUAAUAUGCUGGAAUCUCCAGUCCUCCUUGUUACCAGAGGAGAUCUCCGAUGGUGGGCAUCAGUAACCCUACAGGACACUCUUCCACCAUGAAGGAUAAUGAAAUGGGUGAUCCUGGAAACCUCUCUGGGUAAAUGUCCAACCACUGAAUCAGAAGAGAAUCCUGGAAACCGUUUCUUCGUUGCUAUUGCAUACAUAUCGUGUGGAUUGGAGAUUUCUGGUUCAACACGCAACAUUUCGUUAACAGUGGGGACCCACAUGGAUCUAUACUGAUGAUAGCCCCUAAUUCCACACAAGAACCUAAACCUCAAGAACCUAAACCUCAAACUACCAGUACCACCUGUAGCCAUAUUUAUCUGUGUUCAAUCACUUUCACCUGGCUAUUUCUAUUAUUAAAUAUUUGAGGGCAAUUUACCUUUUCUAUCCACGUGGCUGGAAUACACGUGGCUUGAUUACAGCUGCUUGUUUAGCUAGCUAGCUACUGUCAACGAACCUUUUUCAGUAUGGGUUUUGCCGUUCUAAUCCUGCCACAGUGGAAGAAGAAAGACCACCCACCCCACCCUACAUGCCUGCCAUUGAGGAAUCUGGGCUAGGAAGAGUGGAGCAUGAGAGCAUCACAGCAAAUGUAGCAGACCCAAGACCCUCAACUAAGAAGAGAAAGACGAGGAGAAAAUAUACAGCCUACACUGGAGCACAGAUUGGCUCUUGAAAAUGGGAUGAGAAUGCUAGACUCCAUUUUUUACUACAUUCCAAACUUGGCAGAGAGCACAAUUCAAAAUUUUAAGAAAGCAUACAAGGAAAGGCUAGAGGAGCAAAAAAAGCAUCAACAUCCUAAACCUAUCACAGUAAUCCCAGCUUUGCCCCGUGGAAGACGACCAAUACUUAUGGAGUUGGAUGAGAAGCUGAUUAAAUUUCUUCGGAGUCUCCGAUGUAAAGGUGGUGUGAUCAAUAGGCAUGUUGUUCGAGCAGCUCUCAUUGCUAGCAAUCCAUCAACAUCACAACACCUAGCUAAAUUUGAUAUGCCUCGUUCAUGGAUUCAGUGGUUUUACUAAACGGAUGGGAACUACUACACGACCACCAGGACUGUACAAGGAAUGUCGAAUGGAGUACUUAGGGGCAUCAAGGACAAAAUAAAGAAGUCCAUCUGAACUUGUGCUUAAUGCCGACCAAACUCCAUCAUCUUAUAUUUCUGUUGGAAAGAUAACGAUGGCCAAGAGUGGAUCAAUACCUAUCAAGGGUUUAACUGAUAAGCUACCCUUACUUUUGUCGUUACCUUGGCUGGUGAUUUUUUGCCACUAUAUCAAGGAAAGACUACAGCAAGUCUCCCCCGUGGUUUCCACUUUCCAACUGGGUUUAGUUUAUCACAGAAUCCUAAACAUUGGUCCAACGAGACAGAAACUCUGAAAUUGAUAGAUGAAGUGAUUAAUCCUUACGUGGUAUGUGUGUGUAUG